AAGUAAAAAUAAAAAACGACUCAUUCACCCAUUAAACGUCAGUCAGUGUCGACCGCAGGCGCAGCUCCGACUUCCAUUUUACCGCCCAAUACCAAAAAUCUCAGACGGAGACGAAGGCUCGAAGUCCGAGGCCAAAGAGACGCUGCGUUUUGGUCGACAAUGUCUGUAACGGAAGCAGUGGGAGAAGAAGCGGAGAAUCACCCGUCCGAUUCCCCAUCGGGAGUCGCAGAAAUGACUCAACCUACACAGGAAGAGUACUCGUGGCCUGUGAUUCGGUUCGAUGUUCCGCCACAUAGAACCUACCAUUUCUACCACCAGUACAGAACUGCUACAAACCCUAACAAUUUUCUUAAAGGCGUAAAAUGGUCACCAGAUGGGUCGCGUUUCCUUACAAGCUCUGAGGACAAUACACUUCGCACGUUCACAUUACCGGAUUAUGGAAGUGAUGGUGAUGUUAGCAAUUGUUAUACAGCUUCUGAUGAAGAUGCAGAUUCCUAUGCUGCAAACCUUGUCAUGAAUGAGGGAGAGUCUGUGUACGACUUCUGUUGGUAUCCAUAUAUGUCUACUUUAGACCCAGUUAGCUGCGUUUUUGCAAGUACUGCUCGUGACCAUCCCAUUCAUCUUUGGGAUGUUACUUCAGGCAAGCUGCGUUGCACAUACCGGGCUUAUGAUUCCAUGGACGAAAUAACGGCUGCAUUUUCAAUUGCAUUCAAUCCCACUGGGACGAAGAUAUUUGCUGGAUACAACAAAGCUGUUAGGGUGUUUGACCUACAUCGCCCUGGUAGGGAUUUUAAACAACAUUCAACACUUCAAGGGAAUAAAGAAGGCCUCACAGGCAUUAUAUCUGCACUGGCUUUUUGCCCAACUCAGAGUGGAUUGCUAGCUAUGGGUUCUUACAGUCAGACUACUGCAAUAUAUAGAGAAGAUAAUAUGGAACUUUUAUAUGUUUUGCAUGGUCAAGAAGGUGGGAUUACACAUGUCCAGUUCUCAAAAGAUGGAAACUAUUUAUAUACAGGAGGCCGCAAGGAUCCUUAUAUACUGUGCUGGGAUAUACGCAAAGCUGUUGAUGUUGUGUACAAGUUGUAUAGAUCAUCGGAGUAUACCAACCAGCGGAUAUUGUUUGAUAUUGAGCCCUUGGGUAGAUACCUCGGUACAGGUGGUCAGGAUGGUUUCGUUCAUAUAUAUGAUCUUCAAACCGGGCAUUGGGUAUCAAGUUUUCAAGCUGCAUCAGACACUAUAAGUGGGUUCUCUUUCCAUCCAUAUCUGCCGAUGGCUGCCUCCUCAUCAGGCCACCGAAGAUACGUAGUUCCUGAUGAUGUCCACGAGGAUGUGCCUUUGAGUGGCAAUGAAAAUUGUGCUUCUGUGUGGAGUUUCACAACUGCUUCAAUUGUGGAGAAUGAUGCUGAUACGAAUGACCAUGAUUUUAACAGUCUGUCAGAACAUGAAAACCUGCACCAGGAUCCUUGAGUCGUCGUUUGUGACAAUCUUGUGUUUACUCAAGUUUCUGAACUUCAUAUAAGCUCAUGUUACAAGUACUGAUUGAAAAAGCUAGCAAGUGGAGGCUUUGCUAAUUUAACUUAUGUUUUAGUUUAUGUCAAAUGUAGUUUUAAGCA